ACGUAAAUAUGGACAUACGCCAUCAAAUUCGAGCGUCAAUAAGAUUUCUAACUUAAUACAUACAUACAUCCAUAAAUCUGACAGUGCCUUCUCAUCUUUUCCUUUACUCUUUCACUCUUCAAAAUCACAUCUGCUCUUUCAACCAUGGCGAAGCGACGACAAUCUGUGAGCCUUCAAGAAGAAGAUGCUUUUAAAAUCGUUAUUGACGAACUUAUCGAGGAAAUAAUUUGGCAUCCCACACUUGGUGAUACCGAAGUGGAAACAUGGCUGUUAAAAAUGGUUGAUUAUACGGUUCCUUUGGGGAAGCAGUUGAGGGGUCGUGGGGUAAUUUCUGCCUUCAAGUCUUUUCGUGGAUUAACGACAAAGGAAGACUUGAAGCCGAUCUUUGUUCUCGGAUGGUGCGUGGAAUUGCUAGCGGCAUCAUUCUUCAUCGCGGAAGACAUUAUUCGUCGAUCUGUAAAGAGACGAAAUCAAUUGUGCUGGCAUUUGGUAAAAGAUGUUGGAAAAUCUGCCAUCAGUGAUUCAAUUCUUCUGCAAGACAUCAUGUAUUUCAUCAUUGAUAAGCAUUUUUCUGGUCAACCGUGUCACAAGCCUUUAGUCCAGUUGUUUCACAAGUGUUACUUUAACACCUCCCUGGGACAGAAUUUGGAUGCUCGGAUUGGGCGGAUGAAGGACAUUAGCGAAUUUACGUUUGAGAACUAUAACCGUGUCUCAAAAUACAAGACUGGAUAUUUUUCCUUUUACUUGCCCCUUGCAAUUGGGAAAAUUAUGUCCGAUUGUGGUGACAUCGACCCUACUGAAAUGAGGCUAAUUGAAGAUAUUGCUGUCGACAUGGGUCAGCUUUUCAUGACGCAGGAUGAUUUUCUAGAUUGCUUUGGUGAUCCGGAAAUAACGGGACGAUUCGCUACGAAAAUACAGGGAAAUGCGUGCACAUGGUUCAUAAUAAAGGCAUUAAGUAUGGCUAGUCCAGAACAAGAAAAAAUAUUGAAAGAACAUUACGGACAACCAGGAACUGACAGUGCUAACAAAGUAAUGAAAAUAUUUCGUGCCCUCAACCUGGUAGACCACUACAAACGUUAUGAAAUGCAGUGCUAUAAGUCAAUCAUGGAAAAAAUUUCCAAUCUGCCCGAUUCAAUUCCUGCUCUGUACUUUUCUGAAACUUUGGAUAUAAUUCUUAAACGAGACAGAUGAGCAGUUGUAUAAAUUUAAUUGUACGAUGGUACUGCAUCUUAUAGAAAAUUAUUGUUAUACAAAAAUGGAGUUAAUGUAACAUCAACCCGAUAUUACCAAAUAAAAUUAUUGCAAAUCUGACAACUUCGAGAAA